GAGGGACUAAUAGCAAAGCCAGCCUCCGCUCCAGCCGGUCUGAGGGCACAGGGAACCAUCUGUCCAGUCUGUGGAUAACUGACAACAAAGGGGGAAAACAUUGAUCACGGACUGCAGAAUAAAAGGCCGUUCAUUUAGGAGAUACCAGAAAUACAGAAGAGGAAUAUUUUGUAUAUAAGAAGGUUUACAAUCAAGGAAAACACAGACAAUGUCUGACAAGGAAGAAAUGGCUUCAGAUGGGGGUCUGAACGUAACGCUGACGCUGAGGCUGCUAAUGCAUGGAAAGGAAGUUGGCAGCAUCAUCGGGAAGAAAGGAGAAACAGUCAAGAAAAUGAGGGAGGAGAGUGGCGCUCGUAUCAACAUAUCGGAGGGAUCGUCUCCCGAGAGGAUAGUCACCAUCACAGGACCGACAGAGGGCAUCUAUAAAGCCUUCUCCAUGAUCGCUCAGAAGUUUGAGGAGGAUAUCACCGCAGCAAUGACAAACAGCACCGUGACAAGCAAGCCACCUGUGACACUUCGCUUGGUUUUCCCAGGGAGCCAGUGUGGCUCGCUGAUUGGCAAAGGAGGCUCGAAGAUUAAAGAGAUCAGAGAGACCACAGGCGCUCAGGUUCAGGUGGCAGGAGACAUGCUGCCGGACUCUACAGAGAGGGCUGUCACAAUCUCAGGCACUCCACAGGCCAUCACUCAGUGUGUACGACACAUCUGCUCUGUCAUGCUGGAGUCUCCACCAAAAGGAGCGACCAUUCCCUACCGACCCAAGGCCAUGUCUGCUGGAGCCCAUGCAGUAUUAGCACCACAACACUCUGCACAAGCCUUUGCGAUUCCAGGCCAGUAUGCUUUUGCGCACCAAGAUUUGACCAAGCUUCACCAGUUGGCUAUGCAGCAUAUCCCCCUCCCUUCCCUUGGGCAGAGCCACCCUACCUUCCCUGGAUUGGAUAUAUCUGCCCCCACAAGUUCACAAGAGCUGGCAAUACCUAAUGAUUUUAUUGGCUGCAUAAUUGGAAGACAAGGCAGCAAGAUCAAUGAGAUUCGGCAGGUCUCUGGAGCUCACAUCAAAAUUGCCAGUGCCACUGAUGGCUCACCCAUGCGCCAAGUCACGAUCACAGGCUCGCCGGCCAGCAUCAGCGUCGCCCAGUACCUCAUCAAUGCCAGCUUAGAGAUGGCUAAAUACACCAUGCAGGCCGCUUCCUCUGCGACCCCAGUUGACCUCAACAUGAGCUUCUCUCAGUCUGCUCCCAAUGCCUCCACUGCUGCUACCUCUAUGGCCGUCCUGGCGGCCUCAUCCCAAGCCCCCACCAUUAACGUCCACUCUCCCUCCACCCUACAAACCAUCCAAAGCCCACAUUACGCCGUCCCCAUUUCCAGCCUGCUUGGCAUGAAAACUCUCCUGGCUGUCCACCCAGCAGCCGCUUCCAGCCUAACUCAUGGUUUAUGCCCUUACACUGCAAAAAUGUCGACCUCCGGCAUGAAAAAAUCAGAUCGGCAGAAGUUCGCUCCCUAUUGAUGUCUGCUUUUUAAGUUGCGUCAGAGUAGCUGACUGGUAAGACAUCGUUAAAUGAUUAAAAAAAUAAUUUGAAAUUGAGUGUAUAUAGGCUACAAAUAGCUUACACCAGUGUGUGUGAGUUUUGCCAGUGUAGCACUUGUCUUCCAUAAAUUGGGAGAAUAUUAGAAACAGACUGAAAGCAUGGUAGUAUCAAAACAUGUCCUCAAUAAUUAAAACAGGCAGCAGAGGUGCACAUUAACUCAGUAUUAUCUUGCAGACAUGCUUAACAAUUAAUGUGGGUAACUCAGGCUUCAAUUAGUAUCCUAGAAAAAGCUAUUUUUAUUCAAAUUGGUUCAUUUUACAGAGCUUUAUAUGAAGACUUACUCCAGGAGAGGUAUUUUCCAUAAUGCAAAUAUUGACUUAGUUUUCUAUCUCUGUUAUAGUUUACAAUCUUAUUUUUUGUUAGAUAAUGCAAUGGAGCAUCAUAAGACGUGGUGUUUUGUUGCCAGCAGGCUGUUGAAAUGUUUGUCUUGUACAGUAGAAGUCGGUGUGUUAAGUAAUUUUCAACAAGGAUUGUCAACUUAACCUUUCCUUCACUAUAGGCUCUCCUCAGUGCUAACAGGCAUGGGUGUUCUGUAGUAGCGUUGUGCUGUUGCAGUUCUGACGGGAUUAUCCUAAAGCCACAUUGGAUUCUAGUGGAUUUCACUCUACGCAGUAAUCCUGUAGAGCGGGACUGGCUGAACUAACUAAUUUGUUGUUUUUGUACGCCAGCUUCUUUACUGUUUGUUUUCCAACCUGAACGACUGGAAUGCUUCGACUUCCAGCAUCUGAAAUGGACGCUAAGCAAUUAUUGUGAUAAAUGUCUUAUUCGUGUGUUUCUGGUGUGGGUCCGCCCCCAAACAAUGCAGAGCUGUAAUAUUUGAAAUGACUUUGGAAUAAAUGUGACUUUUU